AUGUUACAGACAACAAAGGAAUUACUCUGGAGGGCUGCAAUGCGGUCUUCUAAAAACCCAAUAGAAAUGAUUGUAUUUUGCUUAUUUAUCGCUUCAUUUGCUUAUGCUGCUCUUUUCAGGUCUCUUAUUGAAUCAAGUUACGUGAUAAAUCAAACACCAAAUAUCGAGCCAACAAAAGUAAUCGCUUGGCCCGGGACUAGUCAAUUCGUUCCUUUAACAAAGAAUGAUUACAUCGCCCAAGCAAUUCGCAUACAACUCAAACAAAUGCUCUUAUCAAACCCAUUAAAGCACUUUAAUAAAAUUAACUCGACUACACAUAACGUCCUCAAUGCAAAAGUACUUGAAAUAGUUUCCCAGUUUCAAAACUCAAUUGAGAAUGAAUUUUUUGUCCUUGAUGGGAAAAAUAAACUAUACUUUAAUGAUGAUCUAUGCUAUAAAUUAAAUGAUAAUAUAAACUCUACUUGUUUCACGACUAUCUCAUUGGCCAUCUGGGAUCAAGCUUCUGACAUCCUAAGCGUGGAGAAACCCAUUGCCCAUCAACACAAACAUUUAAUACACAAUGAACUUUUGAAAAAUGCAGAGACAAUUAGAUCAAAUCAUGGUGUCGCUUCAUUACUUUUGACUUAUGCAUUCAAUUUUUAUGGACCGUAUCAUGCACAUUGGGCGAAUUUAUGGGAACAAAAAGUUGCCGAAUAUAACAGCGAUCAUUUGAUAUCAAAUGGUAAAAAUCAUCAAUUAAAUGCAGAGAAAGGUUCUCUCGCAUCUUUGGCAUUGUCGACUGGAAAUCUCAUCUCAAAAGUUAGGGAAUUAAUAAAUAAAGCUGAUACUAUUGAUAUUUUUGUGAUUUUGGCCGGGUAUAUUCUGAUGCAUCUCACAUUCUUUGCCCUAUUUUUAAAUAUGCGUAAAAUUGGAUCAAGAUAUAUCCUUGUUAGCUUAACAAAAGCUGUUCUCCAGGCCUCACCCACAAAUCGAAAUUCAACUCAAUUUGAAGAAGCCAAUUCUUCGGAUAUUAUCCCAAAUAAUGUUCGAGACAAUAUCAUGGAAGGUGUCCAGAAGUCUAGUCCCUCAAUUGUCCGAGACUAUUUGAUUGAAAUCGCAGUCUUGAUAUUUGGAGCUUUGUCAGGUGUUGCUGGAUUACAGGAAUUUUGCUUUUUAGGCGCGUUCAUUUUAUUGUAUGAUUGCAUUUUUCUAUAUACUUUUUACACCGCUAUGCUGACUCUAAAACUUGAGAUAAAUCGCAUUCGUCAAGCUCCCAUUAAAAAAACCUUGGUGGAAAAAGAUGAAAUAACAAGUAAACCGGCUUAUAUUCGACAAAAUAUCUUAAAAGCAUUUCGUGAUAAUACAGUCGAAACUGAUGCAAAAAAGAAAUAUGACAAUCCCAUGAUUGCUCGUGUUAAAUUGAUUAUCAUCGCUGGAUUUGUAAUUAUGCACGUGAUGAAUUAUGCCACUACGCUUCACACGCAUGACGAAUCCAAUUCACGACAAAAUUUGAAUAUAAUAGAUGAUCAACGGACAGAAGUGAAUGAGUUAACAAAUACACCUAUUCUUAAUACUUUCCUCGAAUAUCACAAAAAAAGCUCUAAUGCGCAUCUGCCUCUUAUUAUUGAUAUCGCAGCACCAUUGAUGUUUAGUGUGACUCAAGACGGCAAUAACCCUUUUUCUCAAACACUUUAUAAAAGCGUAGAUUCAGUCAUGGAAUUGUGGUCCUAUUUUGUACAAGAUCCAGUUUUAUCAAAGUGGAUUUCAUUAGGGUUAUCUCUUUCUAUUUUUUUGAAUGUGUAUUUAUUGAACUCCUCAAAAGCAGCUCACGACAUUGCAAGAGAUUCAAAAUCGUCGACUGAGUUUAAUUUUCAGAGGAAAGGUUCAAAUGCUUCAGCUGCUACUACAUUAAAAGAGAAGACGCAUGAUACUUAUAUAUCGUCAAAUCCCCAAAGUAGCGUUAGUAACACGCCAGUAAUUGCUGUUAACGCAAAUUCGGAGAUUUCUAUACAAAAAGAAAAAACUGAAUUGCAAAUUCCAUCGACUAAACAUGCUGAUUUACCUUCAAAGCCUCGUUCUAUAGAUGAACUAUUAAAGAUACUUAAGACUCCAGAACAAGGUUCAUCAGCAUUAAGUGAUGAUGAAAUAUUGCAUCUGACGAUAAAUGGCAAAAUCGCGCAAUAUGCAUUAGAAAAAACUUUAGGGAACUUGGAAAGAGCCGUGAAAAUACGCCGGGCUUUGAUUUCUAGAGCCUCACUGACCAAAUCAUUGGAAAAUUCAUUAUUACCAGUGGAAAAUUACGAUUAUGGAAAGGUCAUGGGUGCAUGUUGUGAAAAUGUUAUCGGAUAUAUGCCAAUUCCAGUUGGUGUUGCUGGUCCGUUAAAUAUUGAUGGAGAAUCAAUUCAUAUUCCCAUGGCCACUACAGAAGGCUGUCUUGUUGCUUCAACUUCCCGUGGUUGCAAAGCAAUCAAUGCGGGAGGUGGGGCUACAACAAUUCUAAUUAAAGAUGCUAUGACUCGUGGUCCUUGUGUUGAGUUCCCUAAUAUAAAACGCGCCGGAGAUGCCAAAUUAUGGAUAGAGAAUGAAGGAUAUGCUAUCAUCAAAGAAGCUUUCGAGUCUACUUCACGAUUUGCUCGUCUUCGAGAAUUAAAGACCGCACUUGCUGGUAAAUUACUUUUCAUUCGAUUCGCUACGUUCACUGGUGACGCGAUGGGAAUGAACAUGAUUUCGAAAGGGUGCGAAAAGGCCUUAUCAGUAAUGUCAGAAUAUUUCCACGACAUGCAAAUCGUCUCACUAUCCGGUAAUUACUGUACGGAUAAGAAACCAGCCGCUAUCAAUUGGAUAGAAGGACGAGGCAAAUCAGUGGUUGCAGAAGCAAUCAUACCAGGUUCUGUUGUGGAAAAAGUAUUAAAAACAAGUGUCGCAGCACUUGUGGAACUAAAUAUUUCAAAAAAUUUAAUUGGUUCGGCGAUGGCUGGAUCAAUAGGAGGUUUCAAUGCACAUGCUGCCAAUAUAUUGACUGCUAUUUAUCUCGCGACCGGUCAAGAUCCUGCACAAAAUGUUGAAAGUUCAAACUGUAUGACUUUAAUGAAAGCUGUUGACAACGGUGAAAAUUUGCAUCUUACCUGUACCAUGCCCUCAAUAGAGGUUGGCACAAUAGGCGGCGGGACUAUACUCCCACCUCAAAGUGCGGUCUUAGAUAUGCUAGGCGUGCGAGGCCCUCAUCCAACCACACCCGGAGCAAAUGCCCAAAAACUUGCACGGAUUAUUUGCGCAGCUGUAAUGGCUGGUGAACUCAGUCUUUGUGCAGCGCUUGCUGCGGGAGAUUUAGUAAAAUCUCACAUGGCACACAAUCGAGCCACUCCCAAACACGAACAUCAACACGACCUUGUAAUUCAAUCGCAUCAUACAGUUAAACACAGCAAUUCACAGAAAAUUACCACACUACCUCCAACACCAAGGACUUUUACUGACCCUUCAUCAUCAACCGCAACAAUAAUAGAGCCUAUGAUACCAAUUUCAAAAUUUGAAUCAGAUAGUAAGAAAAUACCUAUAAAUGAUGAUAUAUCCCAAAAACCAUGUACACCGGGUUCUUGCCUCAGAUCAUAG